AUGGCGAGCCCGGAGCAGUGCCGGCCAAGGUCGGCCCGGUGCCGCUCGCAGUCGCCGCCCGAGCAGCCGCUGCAGGUGAAGGUGGUGGGGCUCUUCAAAAGCUCCAGCUUUCAGAUUGCGAAGAGCGCUGCUGAGACUCUGAAGAGUAAUUAUCCAUCCAAAUUUGAAGAUCCUAUAGUAGUUCCUCUUCAAGAAUUUGCAUGGGAUCAAUAUCUACAGGAGAAAAAACGGGAACUCAAGAAUGAAAUCUGGGAAUAUUCUUCCUAUGUGAUGUGUUUUGUUAACGAUCAGCUCCUGGGUGAUGCAUUUGAUCUUCAGAAAUGGGCUCACAAGAUGUGGGAUGUAGUUGAUUUUAAGCCCCCUGAACUUUAUGAGGCACUUACUGUGGAUUAUUCUGCUAAAUUCUUAACAGACACCAAGCAUGCUUUUGUGUUCCUGGACAUUUCUGUUGAUUUUUAUCCAAUUGGAAGACUGGUUUUUGAGCUAUACUGUGAUGCAUGUCCCAAAACAUGUAGAAACUUUCAGAUGUUGUGCACAGGAAAAGCAGGGUAUUCUCAAAGUGGCAUCAGGCUACAUUACGUAGGUUCAAUUUUUCAUCGAGUAGUACCAAAUGGUUGGAUACAAGGAGGAGAUAUAGUAGAAGGAAAAGGAGAUGAUGGAGAGUCGAUUUAUGGACCAACAUUUGAAGAUGAGGACAAACUUCCUAUAGCUAUGAAAUCUGCAAGAUGUCAGCAUCUGUGUGGGAAAAAGCAGCACAUCUGGUGGACUUGAGACUAGCAGAACCCCAAAAUAGCCAACAGUGGGUGAGUGCAAGGGGGUCCCUGGUAAGGUCUGAGGCUGGAGCAGCCUAACCUCUCUGAACUCUUGAAACUGAUCUGAAAGGGCGCUCUUCCAAGACAGGCCCACACAAGGAGGUGUUGCUGUGAAUGGAAUCAAAGUUAUGCAGGAUAGAAGGGCAACAGCGACAAAGAGGGAAUGGGGACAGAGCCAGAAAGUCUCAGAAAGCAAGUUGCCAUACUGUCGAACACUACAUGAAAACAGCACAAGGAGGAGCUUUGUGAAGUCAGAAAAGCGACCUUCCUUCUAAAGCCACACCUCCUUCUAAACACCUAGGAAACCUAAUUUUACAUAAAAACAGGCAACAAAAAGUUUCAUGGUUAUUAGAAGAAGUAAAAGAGAAUAAGGAGCAGAGUAAUAUCACUACAGAUCAUGAAAGUACACUAGGAAAGACAUGCUCACAAAACAGAUCAAAAUCACAAAUUUCAGAGUGAGCCAGAAGACAUUGAGAAUAUGAUACAAGACAGGAAAGAACUCAUAAGUCAGAAUUAGAAAAACUUAGAGGUUACAGAACUAGGGAAGAAUCAGCAGUAAAAGAACAUUUCAGAAAUAAACUAGAAGGAACAUGGGUCAAAUAAACACGACAGAUAUAUAUGUCUUAAAAGAAGUAAAAGGUGGAAGGAGGGAAUUUUUUAAAACCAAAAAGAAAUGAAGAAAGAUAAAAGGAUUUAUGAGAAAGUGACAAAUAGCUAGAAAGAGAAGAUCCAACAUAUGGAUGGAAGGUUGUCCCUAAAGGAUUAAAUGAAUGCUAGGGAAUGGAGCAAAUACUAAGAACUAAUAUUGAAAAAACCUCCUGCGUUUAAAAAGGAUUUGAUGUUCUCUUUUUGUUUUUCGUGGUGGUUACACAGCUACACACAACUGUCAAAAUGCAUCAAACUGAACAUCUAAGAUAAAUGCAUUUUAUUGUAUGUUUGUACCUCAAGUAAAAAUAUUGUAUAAAAACUUGACAUUACUUCUUGAAAGAGAACAAUGCCACCUGAUAAUAUUAAACCAGAACAACCAACACUAAGACAUAUUUUAGUAAAAUUUUGGACAGUUCAGAAAAAGUAAAAAUUCUUUGGGCAGGUAGGCAAAAAGAGCAAGUGAUUUGUAAGGGAAAGAAAAGUAAGUUAUCAUCAUAUUCUUUGACAUUAUAUUAUUAUGUCACGAGAAAAUGGAGUAAUACAUUUAAGAUGCUCAAGGAAAGGAAUCAUGAGCUAAGGAUUUUAUAUUCAGCCAAACUGAAUCUGAAUUAUAAAGGGCACACAGACUUUUCAAUAUGUAAAACUUUAGGGAAUAAUGUUGCCACAAGCCCUUCUUGAUCCUGAGGAAUCGACUGCAGAAUGAGUUUCACACAAACAAAUUAUAAGAGAGACCCUGACAUAAGGAUUGGUGAUGAGCAGUAAUCACAUAGUGACUUGUGAAACUAAACUUUAAUGAGGAAUAAAGGGUGAGAGUAUGAUAUGUAAUGACUGUAUCUUUAGCCUACCUUUUUAAAACUGGAAAAAAUGGGGAGAAUGUAUGCAAAAACUUUUAACUAUUUUCAGUAAUUAUACUAGUGAUGGUAUUAAUACUGUUAUUUUGAGACUGUUGUAUAUGUAAUGUGGAAAAAGUAAGUAAUUAUAGGAUAUCCUAAAUUCAUCGUUUCGUGUGUCCUUGAAAGAAUCAUGAUUUUCAAUGUGCAAGGGAGAUAAAUAUGCAAUAUGAUAGAGGCUAAUAAGUAAAAUAUUCUGUAUUGGAAAUAUCAGUUUAAACUCACAAAGUGUAUCUACCUAUAUAGCUCUAUCCACUGAAUUGGUCUACAAGGACCAACCUAGUAGCUUUACACACUCCUAGCAUUUAGAUUGGUGUUCUGAAGUGUCACUUCUCACUUAAAGAAACCAGAGCUCCCGGGAGAAAUGGCAGGUUUCAGUUCCAGGACAGGAAAUUACAAAAUGAGCCUUGAACCUGCUGUUUAGUCAUGCUAUUAUCAGAUAGCAAGAAAGCUAUUCAAGAUUUACUAGGGUCAUGUCAAAGGCCUUGGGAGACGACUUGAAGAGGCUCUCACUGGCCAAAGAUUUGAACUUCAAAAAGAACAGUAAUCGCAAAUAACUGAAACCCAACAAGUAUUUUAAAUCCAUGAGUUCAUAAUGACAUCAUAUUAUAAAAUAAAGCCUAACAGCUUAUCUUUGGGGGAAUGAUGGGAAACAAAUUCAUUAUCUUAAAAAUUGAUAAAUAUAAGCAAAGAAUCAAGCAUUUAUCUUGCCUUUCCUAUAUGAACUGUACUAAAUUAUAGAUAAAAUUGCUACUUAUAAAAGCAUUCCAAUAGAUAGAUGACAAGGAAAUAAAAGAAUUAGAAUAGCACCAUUUUGCUGCCCCAGUGAAAUAAUGGAUCUAUGCCUUUGCUGCAUUGGUAUCUGCCAACUUCACAAAAACAGGGACAACCAGACAUUAUGAGCCUUCUGUGGAGAGAAUACACCACCAAAGGGACAGAACAUGAGUCUGAUUAAGCCUCUGGACCCAGCGGCCAAUCUGCAGGAAAUACAACCAGUUGUGAUGUCAUAUGGUCUUAAAGAUCUCUGCACUAUGCAAAAUCAUGCAUUAAAAACUACAGGACUUACGGCAAAAGUGCGGUACAAAAAAACCCUUUCUCAGUGACACAUUAAAAUAAAGAGUAACCUGAUAAAAACAGUAACGGUUUAACAUGUAUUUUAUGGUCAAGAAACACAAAUACUAAACUAAAUUUGGCACUCUACCUUGAAAGCUCCCUGACGUUUGAGGAGGUGGCAUGGGAAGAGUUGCAGCUUGGGAGUGAUUGUGAAGUGGUGGAAGGAGGGCUCUCUGAAAUUGGAGGCAGGUUGUAACAUCAGACGUCGGUGGAUGUGGUGGAUGUGGUGAC